CACAAGAAAACAAAGAUGGCGGCGCCCAGAGCAACAGCAGUAGAGCAAACGAUGAAGAAACCGACUGACAGUUCGUUAAACCCCGUCUACUCGACCAGCCAAGGUAGCGAAUGCUUUUCAGCAGAUUCGGGGACACGAGAGGACUAUCUGGUGGAUUUCCUGGAGAAGGAGGUCGGCUGCGACCUGAAGUCCCUGAAGAAUGUCGGCAACCUGCUGGAAAAACUGCGAGAGGAAAACAGCGUUCUGGAGGAACAGGUUCUGACCGUAUCCAGUUCUGUGCCUCCUAAAGUUUCCGCAGCUCUAUUGGCUGCCGAGGACGCUGUGUCUUCCCUGGAGGACCUGCUGCAGAGAGAGCGACUCAUCUCCAACAAGCUGCACCAGCACCUUCAGGGGGCCCAGCCGUGGAUGGACAACCUCGGCCAGACGCUUAACCAAGUGGACACUAUAGAGAGACACGUGAAAUACCUGCGGUGCCUUCAACAUAUAGAGGAGCUCAGUGCUGCAGUCCAGCAGUGUCUGAUGACCAGCAGUGUGUGGGAGGCCAUACGGGCAGUGGACAACAUGGCCGCGCUGGACGCCGGACUGAGCCGUUCCGGAUGUUCUCACCUCCAGGACUUCCUCCGAGAGACGCUUCACUUCUGGCAUAAGAUCAUCAAAGACCGACUUGCCGGCGAUUUUGAGAAAGUGUUGACUCAACUCCACUGGCCGAUCAUCUCCCCUCCUACUCAGUCGCUGACGCCCACAGCCAACGGUCAGGAGAUCAACAGCCAGCUGGAGCUGCUUGUCACACAGCUGCUCGCCCUGCAGACCUCCGAUGACCUCGUAUCCCAGAGGGCUUUGGCCUCGUGUCAAAGCGCCCCCUACACAGCCUGCUUCCUUAGCCAAAGCCCCGUCCCCAGCCACCCCCUCUGUCUGCCCAUCCAGAUCAUGCUGCUGCCGCUCAGCAGGAGGUUCAGAUACCACUUCUACGGGAAUCGACAGACCAACACCCUCAGCAAGCCAGAGUGGUACCUCACACAGGUUCUCAUGUGGAUGGGGAACAGCUCCGCUUUCAUGGAGGAAAAGAUCCAGCCUAUCCUAGACCGAGCUGGGGCCUCCAUCAGCGCCAUGGUGGAGCUGUGUCGAGGCCUGCUGUCUCUGGUCCAGGAGAAGGUGGCCAGUGACGCCUCCAGGCUGCUGUACGACGAUGUGCUCUUUUGUCACCUGGUGGAGGAGGUGCUGCAGUUCGAGAAGGAGCUGCGGAGCAACCAGUCGUACCCAGCACCGCUGCCCGGUCUGCUCCACCUCCUGCUGGAAGACACAAUCCUUCAGAAGUGGCUCACUGUGGAAAAGAAGAUGGCAGUGGAGAAGAUGGACGCCAUGCUGUCGGCCGAGGGAGCGUGGAGCUCUCAGUACAAAGACAUCAGCGACAUGGACGAGCUGAAGGCUCCAGAUUGUGCCGAGACUUUCAUGACUCUCCUACAGGUCAUCACCGAGCGGUACCGGGCCUUGCCCUGUCCUUCAGCACAACUCAAGUUUCUGGGGCUUCAGAGAGAACUGGUGGAUGACUUCCGCAUCCGACUCACCCAGGUGAUGAAGGAGGAGUCUCGCUGCCCGCUGGGUGCCCGUUAUUGUGCCAUCCUCAACGCUGUUAACUACAUCUCCACCAUCCUGGGAGACUGGGGAGACAAUGUGUUCUUCCUGCAGCUGCAGCAGGCAGCGGUGUCACUUGGUGAGGAGGUGGUGCUGGGAGGCCUGGGGGUGAUGGAGGUGGGUCGCCUGGCCUCUCUGGAGGGCUCUCUGUUUGAAGGCCUGUUGGCGCUGCUGGACCGACUGAAAGGAGACAUGAUGGGACGGCUGCUGGAAUGGACCAUGAGAGAAAUCACAGAGAAAGCCAAACCGUACGGCCAAGACAGGUGA